GCUAACUUAAAGCUUCGAAUGCAGGCCAUAUCCAGUUCGGGCGUGAUUGUUUCAGCGCCGAAAUUGUGGUGGGUGUUUAUGCUUGCCGUGGUCCUUUCGACGCUCGGCGUGUUCUCUUUGUGGUAUUUGUACAUGCGUUAUCGUGCCAGGACUGCUGAUAGAAUGGUCUCCCAUGGGCAAUCGGGAAAAAAUAUCCACGAUGAAGAGAAGUCGGUAGAAAAAGAAGAAUAGA